UGUAUGCCCGCUAUCUCACUCGGCCUGGCCGCUUUCGCUUUGCCCAGAGAACGCCGGUAUGAGCAUGGAACAAACAGUCUGAAGAAGGGCCCCGGCCCGAAAACCGUCACCCUUCCCCUUUUUCUCCAGAGAUGCUGCAUGGCCCGCUGAGUUACUCCAGCACUGUGUGUCUGCCUGAAAGCAUGAAUCAAAGCCAGCCUUAGGGUGAUCUGUUAACUACUGUCAUCUUGACAACAGCAAAAAAGUGACUUGGGAGUGGAAUGGCAAAAUCAAAGCAAUGGGUGUAAACACAGCUGACAUGGUCUCCUUUGCCUCCAGUGCGGCCUGGCCUGCUGAAUAAUCCUAACCAUUUAGUGUUGGGGUCGCGGAACUGAGACACGGGCCCGCGUCGAAGCGGCGCGCAAGGGACAAACAAGUGUGGGGAAUUUCACAAGAUCCCAGUGAAAGCGAACCAUCAGAACUGGCCACAAAACUCAAAUGGACAAAAGAAGUGGCGCCAAAUAAUUGUCUCCACGCUGGCAGAUGGUGAAGAUCCCUCGCCUCGCCUCCCCUCAAGGCCGGCCUGGAGACUGAGCCCAAGCUCACAUCCGCGUUGAAUGUUUUCCACGUUCGUUGGCGCUGGCGCUGGCGCGGAGAUACGGCGGAGAGGGGAAGGGUCUUUUGGAGGGCUCGCAUUGGAGAGUAUUACAACGGUGCGAACUAGGACGGAAAGGGUGGAGAUGCGGAGAGCGUGUUUCUGAUACCGGGAAACGUAACCCAGGCCGAGACUGGAGACCAAGCCAGCGCCAUUGAUUAUCGCCGCCGGUUCCAGAGAAACAUAACGCGAGGUCAAUGUAUUGUCGCUACUGGCCGGCGGAGGGCGCCCCGGUCCCAAUUUGCUUGUUGGUAUAAUUCAAGUCCCAGUUUUCUCUGCUUGAAGAGUUGAUGCAUUUCAGGAAUUAAGGUCACACAUCGCAGGUUAGGUGCCUGAACAGGAAAACGUCCGACUGCUCGAAGAUGUUGGACGGGACAAAAAUGGAGGAACUCCCGUUACGUCCUGGUCCCACCACACUGGGAAUGCUGCUCGGUUCUGAAUGCAAGCAUAAAGAAAUGUGUGACGGCUGUCAGCGACCGAUAGAAGACCGCUUUCUGAUGCGAGUUAACGAUGCUUCUUGGCAUGAACAUUGCCUGCAGUGUGCAGUUUGUCAACAACCUCUCACCAGGAGCUGUUAUUUUCGAGACCGAAAACUUUACUGCAAGCCCGACUACGAACAGUUGUUUGCCACCAAGUGUAACGGGUGCAUGGAGAAGAUCGCGCCAACGGAGUUCGUCAUGCGCUCGCUGGAGUGCGUCUACCACCUGAGCUGCUUCUGCUGCUGCGUCUGCGAGAGGCAACUGCGGAAGGGCGACGAGUACGUUCUCAAGGAGGGGCAGCUCCUCUGCAAGAGCGACUACGAGAAGGAGAAGGACCUGCUGAGCUCCGUCAGCCCGGACGACUCGGAUUCAGUAAAGAGCGAUGAUGAAGACGUUGAUGUGAAGCCAAGCAAGAUUCAGGGAACGCAGGGGAAGGCGUGCGAUGACAGCAAGGAUCCCAGGCGGCCAAAACGACCCAGGACCAUCCUCACCACACAGCAGCGCAGAGCGUUUAAAGCUUCAUUUGAAGUGUCUUCCAAACCUUGCAGGAAGGUCAGAGAAACACUGGCAGCAGAAACGGGACUCAGUGUGCGUGUCGUUCAAGUGUGGUUCCAAAAUCAAAGAGCCAAGAUGAAGAAGUUGGCCCGUCGGCAACAGCAGCAGCAGGAACAACAGAACGGACAACGGCUCGGACAAGAAGUGAUGUCAAGUAGAAUGGAUGGGGUGAUAAGUUCCUAUGCACCGCUCGCCGCCCCUCCACAACAGCUGGUGUCCAUGGACCAGAAUGGCUACAACUCGGACCCCUUCCAACAAGGCCUCACCCCGCCCCAGAUGCCAGGCGAUCACAUGAACCCUUACGGGAACGACUCGCUGUUCCACGACAUCGACAGCGACACCUCUCUCACCAGCCUGAGCGACUGCUUCUUGGCCUCGUCGGAAGUCAACCCGAUGCAAGCACGGGUGGGCAACCCCAUCGACAGGCUUUACUCCAUGCAGACCUCCUACUUCGCCUCCUGAAGAUAAAGAGCCGCCGCCACUUCGAAAUGAGGGGGGGAGAGGGGGGUGGACGAAAAUCCCACCUGACACAUCAUCACGCCGACUUCCAACGGAGAGGGAGGCAGAGGGAAAGAAAACCCCAAAACAGA